CAGUGGCUGAGGAGGAGGAGGAGGAGGAGGAGGAAGCAGCGGCUCACAGCAGAGCAGAGCGGGACUCCACGUAAACAAACGCGGGAUCGCUGUCGGUCGCGAGAGGACUGGAAGACGCAGCGCCGCGCGAGACGUGAUAAGAUUGGAGGAAGCUGUAGAGGAAAAAGCCAUCAGCUCGCCACCACAGAAGAAGAGAGAGGGGAUCUGGGUUUCUCUGAUUGAGGAAAACUACAGAGGAAGAAGAAGAAGAAGCAGAUAACUCGCUGCUGUGAAGGGAGAGAGGGGACUCUGCUUCCUCCGUCAUUGCACCUGUCCUCGUACCGACUGAGCGGAGACGCACCGGCGAUGGAGAGGAAGUGGAGGUUGUCCAUAUCGCUGCUCGUGCACUUCCUGGGACACGUGGCGACGGCGCUGGAGGUCCCGCUUGACCUUCAGGAUAGAUUGCCGCAGCCGCCGACCAUAACUAACCAAUCCCCCAAGGAUUACAUCAUCGACCCCAGAGAAAAUAUUGUAAUCCACUGCGACGCCAAGGGGACACCGCAUCCCAGUUUUUCUUGGACCAGAAACGGGACCCACUUUGACACGGACAAGGACCCCAACGUGAGCCUGAAGCCUGAGUCUGGGACUCUGGUGGUGGAUAUCAGCAGAGUGAAAGCCGAGCAAUAUGAAGGGACCUACCAGUGCACGGCCAGAAACAUACACGGAACUGCCAUUUCCAGCAAUAUAGUCGUACGACAGUCCAGAUCCCCCUUGUGGUCAAAGGAGAAGAUCCAGGACAUCGUGGUCCCGGAAGGCGUGUCGCUGGUGCUGCCAUGUGAACCACCUACUGGCCUGCCGCCUCCCAUCUUGUUCUGGAUGGACAGCAAUUUUCAGAAGCUGCCUCAGAGCAAGCGGGUGUCCCAGUCCCUGAACGGCGACUUCUACUUCUCCAACGUUCUCCAAGAGGACUCCAGGAACGACUACAUCUGCUACGCCCGCUUCACACACACUCAAACCAUCCAGCAGAAACAGCCCAUCAAAGUCAAGGUCCUCAACAUGGAUGCAAUCAAUGACACAGUGGCAGCUUUAUACAAUGACACUGAUUUAUUUAGUGAAGCUCCUGCGGGCGCCAGGGAGCCAACCUUCCUCGUCCCAUCUGGCUCCUCCAGCUUCAAGACGGUGCUGAGAGGACACACCCUGGAGAUGGAGUGCAUCGCCGAAGGCCUGCCCACUCCCGAGAUCUCCUGGACCAAGGUGAGCGGCGAUCUGCCGUCCGGCCGCGCUUCUGAGAUGAACUACAACAAGACGCUGCGCAUUCUGGAUGUCUCCGAGUCCGACGCGGGAGAAUACCGCUGCACAGCCAGGAACGAGCUGGGCUCGGCGCGUCACUCCAUCCACGUCUCGGUCACAGCCGCUCCGUAUUGGAUCAGGGGCGCUCCCAGGAACCUCGUUCUGGCUCCAGGGGAGAACGGGGUGCUGACCUGCAGGGCCAGUGGCACACCCAAACCCACCGUCACCUGGACCAUGAACGGCGUCCCCAUAGAGAAUUCCCCCAAAGACCCGAGCCGACGGGUGGAGGACGACACCAUCAUCUUCACUGACAUUCAGUCUGGAUCCAGCGCCGUGUACCAGUGCAACAUCUCUAACGUCCACGGCUACCUCCUGUCCAACGCCUUUGUCAACGUCCUCUCGGAGCCGCCCAGAGUGCUGACACCGUCCAACCAAGUCAACCAGGUCAUCAGAAACCACCGGGCCCUGAUAGACUGCUCUGCCUUUGGAUCACCCAUCCCGGUCAUUACCUGGUUCAAAGGCAGCCGGGCCAGCACCCUGGAUGGAGACCCAUACAUCCUGCAUGAAAACGGGACGCUGGAGGUUCCUAAUGCUCAAGCACGAGACAGCGGCAGAUACACCUGCGUGGCCAGAAACACACUCGGGACCUAUGAGAAUCACGUCUCGCUUGAAGUCAAAGAGCCCACCCGAAUCCUGAAGCAGCCCGACUACAAAGUGAUCCAGAGGGGCCGGCCCGUGGUGUUUGAGUGCAAGGUGAAGCACGACCCCACGCUGCUCCCCACCAUGACCUGGCUCAAAGACAAGGGAGAGCUGCCUGACGACGAGAGAUUUAUUGUGGACUCCGACAGCCUCACCAUCAACGAUGUGACGGAGAACGACGCGGGGGUCUACACGUGCAUCAUGAACACCACUCUGGACCACGACUCAGCCAGCGCCAGGCUCACUGUCGUGGCUGUUGUCUACGAGCGACCCGACCCCCCCUCCGACCUCGAGCUGACGGACCAGAAAAAGAGAAGCGUCCAACUCACUUGGACCCCCGGGAACGACCACAACAGUCCUAUUCAGAAAUUUCUGAUUCAGUAUGAGGACUCGCUGCACCAUCGAGGCCACUGGCACAAUCUGACAGAAGUCCCAGGAACCAAGACCACGGCUCACCUCAAGCUGUCCCCCUAUGUGCACUACACCUUCAGGGUCCUGGCUCUGAACGGCGUGGGCUUCAGCCACCCCAGCUAUCACUCCAGGGUCUACAAGACCGACGGGGCAGCUCCAGACGAGAACCCAACAGGUGUACAGGGAUUUGGGACAGAACAUAACAAUCUUGUAAUCUCCUGGAAGCCGCUGACGGGACUCCAGGCGAACGGCCCGGGGCUGCACUAUAAAGUGAUGUGGAGGCAGAAGGCGCCGGGCAGUGAUUGGACCGUCGUGACUGUAGCCAACAACUCCAAGUUUGUUGUGUCUGGGACGCCCACAUUUUCUCCAUACGAGCUGAAAGUUCAAGCCGUAAACGACUACGGACCUGGACCCGAUCCUCCGAUCGCCCACGGCCGCUCCGGGGAGGACUUGCCCAUCGCGGCUCCGGAGAACGUGCGCGUUAACGUUCUGAACAGCACCCUGGCGGAGGUGCACUGGGACCCGGUGCCCUUUGAUUUAAUACGAGGACAUCUCAAAGGAUACAAGGUGUAUUACUGGAGGAAGCACAGCCUUCAUAAACACAACCCGGACCACAUGGAGCAGGACAUCCUGACCUUCAGUGGGAACCACACCCGUGGCAUGCUGCCCGGCCUGCACCCCUUCAGCCUCUACUCCUUCAACGUCAGGGUGUUUAACGGCAAAGGAGAGGGGCCGGCCAGCCACUCGCAGCAGUUUAAGACGCCCCAGGGAGUCCCGGGUCCUCCUACGUCCCUGAUAGUUACAAACCCAAACCUGGACUCCCUGACCCUGGAGUGGCGCCCCCCUCAUGAUCACAACGGGCACAUCACCGGAUACACCCUCAAAUAUCAGCCAGUCAAUAACUCCAAUGACCUGGGCCCAGUGGAGGAGCUGGCCCUGGCCGCCAAUGAGACCUCAGUCACUUUGCUCAACCUCAAGUACAGCACGCGCUACAAGUUUUAUUUGAACGCGAAAACGGUCACUGGAGCCGGCCCGGCCGCCACUCAGGAAGCAAUCACCUCUCUGGACGAAGCUCUAAUGUCACAGGGGAACACUCAGCCCUCUCAUCCCAUUGCAUGGUCUCCGCCACGCCGUCCACCCCAAGAGGCGCGGCCCGCCAGUCCCUUUGGAAACGUUAGCUACUCGCUCGGCGAAGACGGGCCGACCAUCAGUUGGGAGUACUGGGGCCCCGAGAAAAACGUUUAUGUAGAAUACGUAGAAGAGAACAGUGAAGGAGAAGAGGAGUGGAGGAAAGAGCUGGUGAACGGCUCUCAGAACGUUAUGCUCAAAGGCCUGAAAGGCGGCCUCUCCUAUAGGGUGCGUCUGGUGACCAGCGGUCACCACGACCGGCCGCUCCGCUCUGAGGAGCUGGUGGUCACUCUCCCAGCUGUGGCGAGCAGACAGGUGGACAUCGCCACUCAGGGGUGGUUCAUUGGCCUCAUGUGCGCCAUUGCCCUGCUCAUCCUGAUCCUCCUCAUUAUCUGCUUCAUCCAGAGGAAUAAAGGAGGGAAAUACCCCGUUAAAGAGAAGGAGGACGCACACACUGAUCCGGAGUUCCAGCCCAUGAAAGACGAUGACUGUACUUUUGGGGAAUACAGUGACAAUGAGGACCAUAAACCAUUAAAAGGGAGCCGCACGCCAUCUAACGGGACAGUUAAGCGCGAGGACAGUGACGACAGUUUAGUUGACUACGGGGAAGGAGGAGACGGACAGUUCAACGAGGACGGCUCCUUUAUCGGCCAGUAUAGUGGGAAGAGUGCCAGCAGGGACACGGCCGAGGGCCAUGAGAGCUCCGAGGCCCCGUCCCCCGUUAACGCCAUGAACUCCUUGAACUCCUUCGUGUAGCCGGUCGGCCUUCACAGGCUCGAUCCUGCACCGACCGACUCCUCACCAACACUGGCGUAGAAGGCUGCUCCAGCACCGCAUGGCUUUAAGAUCACACUUCCACCCACACACACACAGCAUACAGAACGCACAUCUGCACAUGAAACACCUGAUAUUACCUAAAUCUGUGUAUCGAUUAACACUUUGAUAUUAACAAGUGUUGCAUUCUCGCCAUAAAUCUCCGGAGGACGAUGCUGUUCUCGUCUGAACUAUAUUUGUCUCUGAAAUGGUUUGCAUAUUUGCUUCAGUAGGGAAGCCGCUCACUACAGUACAAUGACUAUUAAUCUAUGUAUUUUUUUCAACUCCGUCUGGAAUACAUUUAUUGAUAUGGGUGCAUCUCAAAAUAAUGUAAAUGUUUAUUGUGUCUGCAUUUAAUUUUACACUAAUAACAUAUAAAACAAAAUUUUCAAUCAAAUCUUAUAUAAAGUUAUGUUUUUCAAUUUUCUGGCAUAUAAGCUAAAAUGAUAAAAAAAAAAAAAAAAGUUUAAAUGCAAUAAAAGUUCAUCUGUUUCAGGUCAGUUAAGAAAAUAUUUUGUGAUGCACUUGUGUAUGAAUGUACUACAUAGAUGAAAUCCCAUAAUGCAUUUAGAACCCAAAAG